UGUUAAAAAUAAGGAGCGAAAGCGAAAGGUUGAAGCAUGAAAAGCAAAGAAGAGAGGAAAAAAAGGAGAUAGGGCUAUAUAAGAAGAUUGGUAGUUGGCGCAGAAAGUUAUUGAGAAAAUGGAAUUGGAAGCAGUGAAGAGGUACUUAGAGAAAGGUGGAGUAACAGCAUCGCUCAUCGAUGACUUGCCACCCAGGUUUCUCGAACCCUUAGUUAUGAACUCCCUUCAAGUCGAUCUCAUCGAACCCGGUCGCAUCGUUUGCUCUAUGAAGAUUCCUCAACGUUUACUCAAUGCCGGGAAUUCGUUACACGGCGGCGCCACCGCUGCGCUGGUGGAUGUGGUGGGCUCGGCUGCGAUUCCCACCGUUGGGUAUUCUGCUCCCAACACGGGGGUCUCCGUCGAGAUCAAUGUUUCCUACUUGGAUGCUGCCUAUGCCGAUGAGGAGAUUGAGAUUGAGGCGAGGGCUCUGCGUGUAGAGAAGUCUAUUGCUGUUAUAAGCGUGGAGUUCAGAAAGAAAAAAAGUGGCAAAGUUUUUGCACUAGGGCGUCAUACCAAAUUUCUCCCCCCUUCCAGUAAAUUGUGAAAAGGCAAAAUAUGCACUGAAAUAAAACGGUUCAAUGUUGGCUGUAGCCUUUGUAUCCGGCAAAUAGACCCAAACAAGUAUCACUACUGAUUAAGUUUCCAAUAUGUCCCGCAGAUACUACAUGUGGGAUGUUACCUUGAAUACUCUGUACAAGUUCUUAUUGUUGUAUACGGGAUGCUCCUCAUUGUUGAAUGACAAGGCCAUGUGUUCUUCCAGGUUGUUA